CUCCUAUCUCGCUCCUCUCGCCAAACCUUCCACCAUCCUACCCGAGUUUCGUGGUUUGUUCGCAGUGGUUUCGCUCCCCUUACUGCCCCUGCUGUUAUCUAGUGCGAGGCUUUUGCUACCCGUCUGCUUGGAUCAUGGCCGACGACAUCGGAAGUAUGCCUGGUCAACGCCGGGUCCCGGAGAGAGAUUUGAAGGCCGGAAGGAGAAGUCGUCGAAGACUCUCUGCUUCCUCCAGAGAUAAGGAUACCGAGCAGGACGAACAGUCUGGCUUGCUUGGAGGAUCAUGCUCCGGGGAUCAGAGGGACUACCAAACAGUCCCGGGGACCCCUCGACAUAGACUUUCCCGACAUCACUCCUCACAUUCUCCUAUGGCUAGUCGUCCUAGCAGAGUUCCGUCAUUCUCACAAUGUUUGAGCAGGGCCCUAUCGAACUACGAUCUCAGAGACAGGAACAAUGAGUCACUUUUGGAGGAUCGGGUUUGGUAUGAUCAGUUCACCUCUACUGAUUGGAUUAACGACUCGAUCAAGGAUGCCCACCGAGUGAGGGCUCUGAGGGCUCGCAAGGAUUUCCGGGGCAGAGUCUACGCUUGGUUCGACGGUGCCCAAGGAUGGGUUCUGGUUGCGAUUAUUGGCUUUGUGACGGCCUCCAUAGCCUUUUUCAUAGACGUUACGGAGAAUGUCCUAUUCGAUUACAAGGAGGGGUAUUGUACGAAUGGGUGGUAUUUUAGCAAAAAGAAGUGCUGUUUAAGUGAUACCACGAAUGAAUUCUGCCCUAUGUGGCGCUCUUGGUCACAGGCAAUUACGAAGUCUGAAGUGUCUACUGAGCGCAUUGACUAUAUCGCAUAUGUUACGUUGACGGUGAUCCUAGCUACCGCUUCAUCGCUACUCACCAUGACUACUCGCACGGUUUACCCUGGGACCCUGCGCAUCCAGACCGUAGACGAAGACCUCUCGCAAAUUCUAGGUGGAAGCUCCGGUGCUGAAGCGAAGGCUGCUGUUGCUUCACCGACUGUUUACUAUUCUGCUGCUGGCAGCGGUGUGGCAGAAGUCAAAGUGAUUUUGUCCGGAUUCGUUCUCCACGGGUAUCUCGGUUUAAAGACUCUUGUGGUUAAAUCAUUCGCCUUGAUUUUGAGCGUUGCUUCUGGGCUGAGUUUGGGGAAGGAGGGGCCAUAUGUUCACAUCGCCGCUUGCGUAGGAAAUAUUGCUUGUCGUCUAUUCUCCAAGUAUAACCGCAACGACGCCAAGCGUAGGGAGGUUCUGAGUGCUAGCGCGGCGAGCGGGGUUGCGGUUGCAUUCGGUGCCCCGAUUGGUGGGGUCUUAUUUAGUCUCGAGGAAGUCAGCUACUUCUUUCCUUCGAAGACCCUGUUCAGGACUUUUUUCUGUUGCAUUGUGGCUGCUUUGUCGUUGAAAUUCCUGAAUCCUUAUGGGACAAACAAGAUUGUACUUUUUGAGGUUCGGUAUACCUCUGAUUGGCACAUAUUUGAGCUCUUUGUAUUCGUGUUUUUGGGGAUGUGUGGUGGCGUUUAUGGUGCCUUUUUCAUCAAGGCUAGUAAAUUCUGGGCAACUACAUUCCGGCGAAACGGGUUUAUCAAGACCCACCCGGUUCUGGAGCUCAGUCUUGUUGCCCUUGCAACUGGCUUGGUAUCCUACUGGAACCGAUUCGUCAAAUUGGCCGUUAGUGAACUCCUCUUCGAGCUUGCGAGCCCGUGUUCUGGAAACCCAUCCGAUCACUCAGGACUCUGCCCGAAGCCCGAUGAGAUACCGAGUACUAUAUUGUACCUUUUGGUUGCUUUGGCCAUUAAAAGUGUUCUCACCGUUGUUACAUUCGGAACCAAAGUCCCCGCAGGAGUUUAUGUACCUACCAUGGUUAUUGGUGGCAUUAUGGGACACGUUGUUGGCCUCGCUGUGGAAUAUGCGGUUUAUAAAUUCCCGCACUCCCCUAUGUUCGCUUCAUGCCCAGUCGGUGGAGCCUCGUCAGCCUGUGUAACUCCAGGCGUAUACGCUCUUGUUUGCGCAGGUGCGGUUAUGUGUGGGGUCACUAGGCUAUCAGUAACACUUGCUAUCAUUUUAUUCGAAAUGACCGGCAGUCUUGAUCAUGUCUUGCCGUUCUCAUUAGCAGUGCUUGUAUCAAAGUGGACUGCGGACGCUAUCGAACCCCUAAGCAUUUAUGAUCUUCUUACUGCUCUGAAUUCCUAUCCAUAUCUCGAUACAAAAAUGCGGCCUGUGUUUUCUUCUCAGCUUAGUGACAUUACGCCGAGGCCAAGACCAGAACGAGUGAUAGACAUCACGGAUUCGGUUUAUGUUCCUGCUGACGAGCUUCGCGAAAAGUUACAGAUGCUACAGGCCGUCGGAGAACUCGAUGGUGGACUUCCGAUUGUUAGAAAUGACAUUCUUGUUGGCCUUAUUCCCGCUCCAGACCUAGAGUUUGCUCUUGAUAAUCUACAGUCCUCUGAGCAAGACGAGCUGUGUUGCAUGGAGCCUAAGGGCGAGUGGUGGGAUGGAGGAUCUGAUGACGACUCAAUGAGGGACCCAACAUAUUUUUCGCAAUACAUCGACCCUGCACCCGUUGCAUUGGAAAGACACUCGCCUAUGGAGUUGGUUUAUGAGUGUUUCGCCAAGUUGGGGUUGAGAUACAUGUGUGUAUUGCGGGAUGGGCAGUUUGCUGGAGUGGUUCACAAAAAGACGUUCGUAAAGUACCUGAUGGAGGUCACCGAAGGCAAGGUUGAGUAAACAGUCGGCCCUCCCCCAACUUUUCUUCCUUCGGCACCUGUUGUAUACCGAAACCCCACUUGCUAUUCUUAGUCCGAUAGUGCUAGCUAUAUUAUUACUGUGUGUGUGCGCGUUUGUGCGUGCGUGCGUGCGCAUUCGAUUAUCACCUCGUUUCUCCUAUUCUACUCUUGUGCAUCCAUUGUCGAAAACAUUGGUUCUUCUUCCUUAGGUUAUUUUUCUUAUAUACCCUUCCCAUGCUCGGUAUCUGUGCUUUUUUAUGAUAAUUGGGCUUACAUUUUUGUUUUUUAUUCCAUCCGCCAGAAAUUCCGUUAUUUCAUUUUUCAUUUUUCACUUUUCUGGUUUUAGUCAUACAUAUUCACGAGUGGUCGUAUAGUUCUAGAGAGGGAUGGAGGGAUGUGCAUGGUAGAUAAUUGGCGCGGUGAAAUCAUUGUAGCUUGU